GAAUACAAAGGGACUAAUAAACCAGGACGAAGGUAGUAGCAAUUUGGUGCACAGUCUAGUGUUCUAUGCUACAUAGACUUAACCGCAACACUUGGCAGAAAUCUGUAAGACCGAAGGAUGAAUUUGGUUGCCCGCAUCGAGCUCAAUCAGUCCCGCGCGAUGCAGCAUCUUUUCGGACUCCAGUUGUUUGAUUUCUUGCAUAUCUUAAAGCACCCAUGGGCUGGCUCAUUGAAAACGGCCGGCAGUUUCUUGAGAGCCAGGCCCGAGCGAUGCUUCAGAGGCGUACGCGGGUGGCUCUUUGGAAACGUGGCUGCAGUUAAUCCCUCGUCCUCAAUCCUAUCAAUCCCCUCUCUCUCUCUCUUUCCCUCUGCUCCAGUCGAUCCCGUCGGCUGCGGUGCCGCCCUCGUCCGCGGGGUCGCCGGCGUUGUUGAUCAAGAGGCGCCUUCUUCCAACGGUGGGGCCGACCACUUCUCCGCCAGUGUGCCCGUCGACCGCCGGUGUCCCCAGGCUUCCCGCGGGCCCAGGCUCGCCACCUCGGGCGCGGCUGUGGUGCCCCGACUCUAGAGGCCAAGAACCGCGGCGACGAAGGCCCCCGCCCUUCUGCUCGUGGCGAGCCCCAGCGGUUCCUGCCUACAACCGCGAGCCCGGGGCUCGCUCCCUCCGCCUUUCACGCGCUCCAAGGCUGCGCCGACUGUGGCGCUCCGGUCCAAGAAGCUGGCGACUUUGUCGCGCUCCACGAUGGCGCCGACAGUGGCGCUCCGGUCCAAGAAGCCGGCGACUUCGUCGCGCUCCAAGACGCCGCCUACCGUGGCGCUCUAGUCCAAGAAGCCGGUGCCUUAGUCGCGCUCCAGGAUGCCAUAGACCGUCGCGCUCCAGGAUGCCGCAGACCGUCGUGCUCCAGGAUGCCGUUGACCGUGCCGCUCCGAUGCAACAAGGCGACGCCUUCAUCGCUCUCCAGGAUGCUGCUCGUGGCCCUGUUGGUCUCGUCCAGGGCCCAGCGAGCCCCCCAGCAACGCCCACGAGACCAACCAGACGUGCGCCAGGAGCCGCGUCGCGAAGCAUCGCCUCGACGAGCCUCAACCUGGAGAGGCAAAAUACAAAGUCUGAGAGACAAAAAGAAGGUGGAGCUGGCACCCAGAAAGCAAACACCCAGCAACAAACAAGGGGGAAAACCCAGCAAGAAACAAGGGGAAAAUCAAGGUGGUUCAAAUAUUCUGUCGAGCAAGCUAAGCCCAGCCGCUGACCAACAUCUUGCCUCAUCCAUGAUUCGUCCCAUGAGUUGUGGAGCGGAGCAUAUGUCAUCAUUUAACACACGCUGGGAGCACCUGCAGUUGCAUCAUCCAAUUGUUUUUGAGAGGAAGGCAUUGUUGAUGGGAGUUCACCAUUGGUGCAAGGUUGAGAAAAGGGCCCCAAGCUUGCUGAUGAUCAUCAUCCAGAGCUGCUUGGAGAAACUGCAAUCUGCGAGCAAAUGGGUGGCCGUCUCCGGCGCAGCACAGCAGAGCGAGCAAAAUGGGUUGUGUGGGAUGCCCUCGAUAGCCAGGUUGUCAGGCGCCGCCCUGGUGGACCAUAUGAGUGCUCUAUCGUCUGACCGCACGGCUCCUUCGAAUUGGCAUAGGCAACGGAGCUGUCUGAGCACCAGCGCAGAUGGAUUGGGCUUAACAAGGCGAAAGUCAGCAAAAGAUAUGAACACAAACGAUAACGUUGAAACGCGAAAGUCAGCAUGAUCUUUUCAGCGAAAUGGCAAAUUGUCAAAUGAACACCAGUGUUGGCCCAUGUGACCGGUCGACAACGCUCUUGACAUAUACUGCUCACCCCCACAAGACCGACGCGCCUUGGCCCGGUGCGAGAGGGUAGAUGGCCCUAUCCAACAACACUUGGGUGCACGAGAGAUUUGCGGCGAGGCCUGGUGGUUCCUUCUUGAGACGCGAGCUCGCUCUUCCUGACAAUCGCGAGGGCGGAUGGCUGGAGUCCGGCUACUCAUGCAAUGUGUAUGUGUUCAAGAGAGUUCGAGACCAGGCAACGUGUAUGUGUUUCAAGUGAUGUGAAAGCCUAUUUCGAGAGUUCGAGACCACACAACAUGCAUAUGUUUCAAGUCA